AUGGCCGCUCUCCCGUCGACAAUUGAUCGGACGGCCAUCACCGAUAUGGCAGCGGCAUACGGCCAACCGUGCUACGGUAGCAGCUACACGGCCAAUCCGUACGGUGUUUACGGAAAUUCCUACUACCAGCAAGUCGCUUCUGGUCUCGCAUCCGCUUCGGCGCGAAUGCCAUACCUUGGGGCGUCCGCCGCAUCAGCCUACGCCUACGGUACAACCCCGUACUCAACAGCCGCGGCAGCCAAUUUCGACUAUACUACCGCCUACAACGCCCAAUACUACAACCAGGCCGUCCGGAAUGGGUACUAUAGCGGACUGGCUGGGGCUACGACCGGCUACCAACCGACCACCACCGGAACUGAGGUGUCCCCCGAAUUGCCAGCAUUCACCUUGAGACCCGAGCCGAAAAAAGGCAAAUCCUCGAGCAAAAAGAAGAAGGGUGGAUGUGGGUCCGGAUCUGAAGGCCAAUUCGCCCGUGUCUUCAUCUGGGACCUCUCCGACAUUUCCGUCUAUACCGGAAAAGCGCUAGCUGAUGUGGGGCAUAAAGUCGGCUUUGGAUUCACGGCCUCGUUCUCAAAGCUGAAGCUCCUCGUGCAACAGAUCUCCCUCCUCAGUUUCCCGCCCGACCAAAAUGAGGACAACGAGUUGUGCAACAUCGAAGAUGCCGCCAUUGACGAGCAGGAGCCACCCGCAUCGGAAGGUUGCCUACCGGAAGGGCGGAGCGGGGCGGACGCGAUGAGGAGAUUGGCACAUCGAUAUAUUGCCCUCAAGCAGACGUAUACACAGCAUGCUGACAAUCCGGAAGUACUCUACGACUCGCUCGGGUCGGCGUUGAAGAAGGAGGAAGUGGCGGAAUGCGCGAGACAGAUGGAUUCGGUGAUGGAUGGAAGGCACACAGCUGCUGCUCGCUGCAUUAACCUUGUCGCUCAAAGAUCAGCAGCAUCCCCAUCAACAGAAAAAUACGGCAAUGUAUUCUUAUGCUCGGAGGGGCUGGUGAAUGGUGUUGUUCAGUCGCUGCUCAGCGGCUUUGCCCCGUCCGUCCCAAUCGAGAACAUCUACAGUGCACUGAAGACUGGCAAGGAAAGUGUGCUCGAGCGAAUCUCGGCACGGUAUGGCAAAAAGUGCUCCUUUGUCGUCGUGACGGCAAAUCGGGAAACGACACAAUUGGCUAGAAAGGAAAACAUGGCGGUAUGGCCGAUCUCGGCGUGCGGCGACCUCGACAAGCUCUACACCGCCCAGAGCACCUUUCUACUCGGCCGUCCUCGA